GCGCCGAGAGGGCGGUGUGUGUGGUGCCUCACUCCUACCCACAGUGCAGCGCGAAAGAUGCCUCAGGGACGGUUGAAGCUGAAAGGCGGGAGAGGAGCCGCCAUGGCGGCGGCGGCGGCGGCCAACACCGGCAGGAAGAGGGGCGAUAAGAAGCUGCAGCAGCACAGCCGCGGGCCCAAGAAGGGAGGAAGAAUUAUUGCUCCCAAAAAAACACAAGUGGUCCGACAGCAGAAGCUGAAGAAGAACCUGGAGGUGGCGAUCAGGAAGAAGAUCGAGCACGAUAUCACCGUCAAAGCCAACGCCAACAUGGCCAAGCAACUGACCAUCGUCAAGGCAUCAGAGGGGAAAAGCAAGACCAAGAAAUAAAUAGGGAAUCACUGUAUCAAAUCGCACGGAAGAUAAAACGAUAGGGAAUUUC